CAGAUAAUAACAACUAGGUCAAGAUGUCAUCUGUAAAAGUAGCUGUGAGAGUGAGACCGUUCAAUAAUAGAGAAAUAUCUAGGGAAUGUAAAUGUAUUAUACAGAUGAGUGGCAACACUACAGCAAUCACAAAUCCAAAAGCAGAAACUAACUCGAAAGAAGCUCAAAAAAGUUUUAAUUUUGACUACUCAUACUGGUCACAUGAUGAAACCGAUCCAGCCUUUUCUUCCCAACUGGUUGUCUACAAAGACAUCGGCGAGGAGAUGCUCCAACACUCGUUCGAUGGUUACAAUGUGUGCAUAUUCGCGUACGGUCAAACGGGCGCGGGCAAGUCCUACACGAUGAUGGGCAAACAGGAGGAUGGCCAAGAAGGGAUAAUUCCACAGAUCUGCAAGGAUCUGUUCAGGAAGAUUCGAGAGAAUAGCUUCGAUGUGAAAUAUUCGGUUGAGGUCAGCUACAUGGAGAUCUACUGCGAGAGGGUUAGGGAUUUGCUCAAUCCGAAGAACAAGGGUAAUCUGAGGGUACGAGAGCAUCCUCUCCUAGGUCCCUACGUGGAAGACCUCAGCAAACUAGCUGUGAUGAGCUACGAGGAUAUUCACGACCUUAUUGAUGAAGGGAACAAAGCAAGAACUGUCGCUGCAACCAACAUGAACGAGACUAGUUCUAGGUCACAUGCUGUAUUCACCAUUUUCUUCACGCAACAAAAAGUCGACGAAACAACGGGUUUAUCAACGGAAAAAGUAUCGAAAAUCUCCCUAGUCGACUUAGCCGGCUCCGAAAGAGCUGACUCCACAGGUGCCAAAGGUACUAGGUUGAAAGAGGGUGCGAACAUCAAUAAGAGCCUAACAACAUUGGGGAAGGUCAUUUCUGCUUUAGCUGAAGUGGCUACUAAGAACAAGAAGUCAAAGAAGGCUGACUUCAUACCAUACAGAGACUCCGUAUUAACGUGGCUGCUUCGAGAGAAUUUAGGUGGUAACAGCAAGACAGCGAUGAUAGCUGCUAUUUCGCCCGCUGACAUCAAUUAUGAUGAAACUUUAUCCACCCUUAGAUACGCUGAUAGAGCUAAGCAAAUCGUCUGCAAAGCCAUUGUUAACGAAGAUGCGAAUGCUAAGCUUAUUAGAGAGCUUAAGGAAGAAAUUCAGAAACUUAGGGAACUACUCAAGCAAGAAGGAAUUGAAGUUCAUGAAGAGUCAAUAUCCAAGCACAAUAACAACAAUAAGGAAAUUGAAAGGUCCCGCUCCCAAUCCACCACUAUCGCUGAAGAAGCUGUUGACCAGCUUCAAGCCAGCGAAAAACUAAUUGCAGAGUUGAACGAGACGUGGGAGGAGAAGCUAAAAAAGACCGAGCAGAUUCGAAUACAGCGCGAGGCGGUCUUCGCUGAAAUGGGCGUGGCCGUGAAAGAAGACGGAAAUACGGUGGGCGUGUUUUCGCCAAAAUGCACGCCGCAUCUUGUUAACCUUAACGAGGAUCCCUUCAUGUCAGAAUGCUUGAUUUAUUACAUCAAGGAAGGUCUGACGAGAAUCGGAUCCGACCAGGCGAACAUCCCACAGGAUAUCCAACUGUACGGAUCACAUAUUAAAUCAGAACACUGCGUUUUCGAGAACAAGGACAAUCGAGUUACGUUAGUGCCCUUGAAUGGGGCAUUAAUUUAUGUCAAUGGCAGAGAGGUAAGUAGAUUGUAUUUCUUACAACCAGCCUCGUACCGUUGUGCUAUUAUUUCGCAUCACUGGAAUCGAACAAGCAAGAACCACGUGUUUCGUUUCACCAAUCCCGAGGAAGCAAGGGAGUUGCGCGAAAAGAACAUGAUGACGUCAGAGAACGAGAAAGUCGACUGGAACUUCGCCCAGAUCGAACUCCUCGAGAAGCAAGGGGUAGAUUUGAGAGUAGAGAUGGAGAAGAAACUCAUGGGAUUGGAGGAACAGUAUCGUAAGGAGAAGGAAGAGGCGGAUCAAUUGUUUGAGGAACAGAGGAAGAACUACGAAGCUAGGAUUGACGCACUACAGAAGCAAGUUGAAGAACAAAGCAUGACCAUGUCAAUGUACAGUUCUUACACGCCUGAAGAUUUCAACAAUGAUGAUGACAUUUUCGUGAACCCUCUGUUUGACGCAGAGUGCAACUGGACCGAGAAAGAGUACGAACUGGCGGCCAACGCGUGGAGAAAGUGGAAACAUCACCAGUUCACUUCGCUGAGGGAUGACCUUUGGGGCAACGCCAUCUUCCUCAAAGAGGCCAAUGCUAUCUCGGUCGAGCUGAAGAAAAAGGUUCAGUUCCAAUUCACUCUGCUCACGGAUACUCUGUAUUCACCAUUACCUGCUGACCUCAAACCUGUAGCCGAGUAUGACCAGGAUGAUGAUGCUCCCAUCCCUAGGACUAUCGUAGCUGUUGAAGUCCAGGAUAUCAAGAAUGGUGCUACGCACUACUGGUCACUUGACAAACUACGACAACGAUUGGAGCUCAUGCGCGAAAUGUACCACAACGAGGCCGAACUGUCUCCCACGUCGCCUGACUACAACGUGGAGUCCUUGACUGGUGGCGACCCCUUUUACGACCGAUUCCCCUGGUUCAGGCUCGUGGGCAGAGGUUUCGUCUACCUCAGCAACCUGCUCUACCCGAUCACGUUGAUCCACAAAGUGGCUAUCGUCAGCGAGAAAGGGGACGUUAGGGGGUACCUCAAGGUCGCUGUGCAAGCUGUCAUGGACGAGGACAAUUCGGAUCAAGUGGGGGUUAGGCAGAGUGCGAGGAUCGCUUUCGAAACCACUUCCACGCCUAAAUUGCUGGAUCGGAACAUCCACAACCUAGAAGAAAGAAUAGUAGAAGGUACACAAUAACAUUGACCCUAUCAAGCUAGAUGAGCUGAUAGAAUGUGACGCAGAUUCAGGGCGUGGUGACAGCUCAGUUGCGUCUGAUAUCAAAGAAGAAGACAUCCCAGAUCACCUCACCAUUGGAAAAGAAUUUACCUUCAGAGUAACUGUCUUGCAAGCUGUGGGUAUUUCAACUGAAUAUGCCGAUAUCUUCUGUCAGUUCAACUUCCUCCAUAGGCAUGAUGAAGCAUUUUCCACAGAACCCGUCAAGAAUACUGGAAAAGGUACACCUCUCGGAUUUUACCAUGUUCAAAAUAUCACAGUGACCACAACCAAAUCAUUCUUGGAAUACAUCAAGAGCCAGCCAAUAGUUUUCGAAGUAUUUGGGCAUUACCAGCAACAUCCCUUGCACAAAGAUGCCAAACUGGAAGGUAGUGGUGUUAGGCAACCACCAAGGAGAAUGCUACCUCCAUCAAUACCGAUUUCUCAACCAGUUAGAUCCAGCAAAUUUGGUGCUUUGCCAUCUCCUUGCACUGCACACAUACAUGCAAAGGUUGAUGUACUUGUAUGGUUUGAAAUUUGUGAACUGGCACCAAAUGGAGAAUACGUCCCUGUGGUGGUUGAACAUAGCGAUGAUUUACCUUGCAGAGGUUUAUUCCUGCUACAUCAGGGUAUCCAACGCCGAAUUCGAAUAACGAUAGUCCACGACCAAGAAGCAGAGAUAAAAUGGCGUGACGUACGGGAGCUAGUCGUGGGGAGGAUAAGAAAUUCUCCAGAAUCUGACGAAGACGAGGAUAACGACAACUCUGUGCUGUCUCUUGGACUGUUCCCAGGAGAGUAUUUGGAGAUCCCUGGGGAUGACAGGGUGAUGUUCAGAUUCGAAGCGGCAUGGGACAGUUCGCUACAUAACUCGCCUUUGUUGAACAGAGUGUCAUCGCAGGGAGAGCAGAUCUUCAUGACAAUCUCUGCAUACUUGGAGCUGGAAAACUGUGGUAGGCCCGCCAUCAUAACCAAGGAUCUGAGCCUGGUAAUCUACGGUCGAGACGCCAGGACUGGCCCCAGGUCCCUAAAGCAUCUUUUCUCCGGCAGUUAUAGGAACGCCGAGGCUAACCGUUUAUCAGGAGUUUAUGAGUUACUUCUUCGUCGUGCUAGUGAAGCAGGAGUCCAGAGGCGCCAGCGAAGGGUCCUGGACACUAGCUCCACCUAUGUCAGAGGUGAAGAGAAUCUCCAUGGCUGGAGACCAAGAGGCGACUCCCUCAUCUUCGAUCACCAAUGGGAGUUGGAGAAGUUGACGCGAUUGGAAGAAGUCGAGAAAGUAAGACACACCUUGCUGUUGAGGGAAAGACUCGGAUUGGACAGAACGCUCAACUACAACCGAUACCACUUGGAUUAUACGAAGAACGAAAAAGAAGUUUGCAAUAUGGUGGCUAAAAACAAUAACAUAAAUGCUAAUGUAACCGUCGACAACUCAUAUGACUACUCAGAUCGCGAGAAGCAACUCCUCCUGAAAUGCGUCAGGUUGAUUCAAGGUCGCCACCGAGGGGGAGAUUCUGCUACGAACAAUAACAACAAAGAUAAUGAGAUAGCCAGUCCUUCAGAAGAGAUCACUGAAAUGAGUACUAGCCUCAUGUCCAGCAUCAUGUCCAGUAACUCAAUGGAACUGUGCUCUCCAGAAAGGUCUGCCGCACUUCCUGGAGAAUGCGCCUCAUUCCCACAAAUCCCGAUGGCUCCAAUGGGCCCCAGAGAUCCUGAGCUCGUCCUCUACGUACCCGAUAUGGAAGAGAUAAGAAUUUCUCCCGUUAUAGCGCGUAAAGGGUAUCUCAACGUUCUGGAACACAAGACACACGGUUGGAAGAAAAGAUGGGUGGCUGUUCGUCGACCUUACGUCUUCAUCUUCAGGGACGAGAAGGAUCCUGUUGAAAGGGCUUUGAUUAACCUAGCAACGGCUCAAGUAGAAUACUCCGAAGAUCAGUUGUCUGCAGUUCGUCUACCUAACACGUUCAGUGUAGUUAGCAAACAUAAGGGAUACCUUUUGCAGACACUACAGGAGAAAGACGUUCACGACUGGCUAUACGCGAUCAACCCUCUGCUAGCCGGCCAGAUCAGAUCGAAAUCUGCACGUCGCAACCCGCAACAAGAGAACAGCACCACCACCACCCCAACCAAUGCCACCCCUAAAGAGGUAACCGUCAAUCUCAAAUGAGAUUUGAUCACCAUGGAAUCCGUGCUGGUCUAUUAGUAAGCUUCAAUGUACUGUCGUAUUACUCAUCGUAUUUUAAACGAACAGGGCUGUGAUUCGUUCUGUGAAAUACCGAGAGACGUCGGGCUUGUCAAGAACGAGCGCAGGCUUGUACAUUUUGGAUUUCAUCAAGGUAUUGCGGAUAGUCGAAAUUAAAGCAGUUUUUUGAUCGGAAAAUGAUUUGGUAUUCAUUUGGGAGCUGUGUUACUUGAAUCGCUGCUGAAAACACUAUGCGCUCAUACGGGAUGUAACUUUUCGUGCUCAUGUAUAGGUUAUGUUGAUGGUCUCUAAUAUUUUUUUAAAAAUGCUGUUACAAUGAAAAAUCAAUCCAGAUGCUGCACUAUGGCUCUAUGCUAAAGGAAGGAAAUACAGUUUCAUGAUAGAGGGUCAUAGGCAUUGCUGAUAUGAUUAGACAUGUCUUCAAGAAUAUUUCAUUUGAGUGCAGGCUUCAUUCGAAUGUAGACGUUGUCAAUAGAGUAACGUCAACAAAAAAGCAUCGCGCAGGCUCAUGUUAUACGAUUCCUUGGUGUUACCUUGGUCUAACUAUAACCAAUGUUAAUAUACAUACCUUCAAUAUAAUCUAUAGAAUCUUGUGCUUUUUUAUAGCUCCACAUUCUUAAUAUUUCAUAUAUUCAUACUAUGGUGAAUUGCAGCUUUGUAGAUUGAAGAAGAAAUGAAAUGCGUUUACCUUUGUUGGUCUGUAAUGAUGUCUCAAAACUUGAUAGUUCGUUGCAUCUUUGUGAAAUCCAAACCUAGCGUUAUAUUUUUUGUAUAAAAAAGAAGAUAUAAAUGGCAUUUUUGGAGAGUUAUCGGAGGACAUUGAAGGUUGUGAUUCAUUUUGUCCAAACAGAGAAUGUCCAUUUAUUGCGAAAACUUCAAAUUUCUAAUUUUCUCGAAAAUAUUUUAUAAAGGUUAUGUUGCUGUUUUGUCACAUAGAAGGCAAUGUAACACAAUAAGACACACACGUAUUGCAUUUCUGUUUUGAAGACCAUCUAAUCCUCAUCGUAAGUAGUUACAUUUUAGAUGUGCAUGUGCAUAUGAGCGUACGCUGGUAUGAAAUACUUCACUUUUUUUGGAAAAUCAAUUGCCAGUGUUCAUAAUAGCAAUUCAUACGGUCAUUUAAAGAGUUUAGGUUAGAAGCUUUUGUGGUAUCAUAGAAUGGACAUUCUUCUUACAUUUUUAUUACGCGGAUUCCAAUUUCGUUUUUAUACGCUAUAAAGGGUAAUAAGUUAUUACAAGUGAUUAAUUUUCUAGUCAGUUUUGUUGAUAAGCGUAGAUUUAUUUAUAAUCUAGUUUAACUGAUAUGAAAGUGAUAUUUGGGAACGUAUAGAAUUUUAGAAAAAAAAAGAUAUAUUUGACGAAGGCUAGAAUCAUGGUGAGAAUGGUGGUUGAGUCAUGAAAAAAUGCAAGAAGCUAAGAGUGUUUUACUAAAGCGCUUAAGGUUUCCUCACACGUAGCGGUUUAUGGUAAAGAUCGCACUGAAUGAAGGGAAAAGACAUUAAGGUAGCUGAAAUUGACUGGCAAGACUAUUUUAUGUAGAGGGAGAUCUAAGUUUAUAGACCAAAACUAUAAUGAUGCGCCAACAUAACGCUACGUGUGUGGAAGAGCUUUAGGUUGUGUAAGAUUGGCAUAAAGUCAAAAUUUUGCUCAGAUGUCAAGGGAUGUUCCUACAUUUUUUCAGGGCUGGCCAGUUGUGAGAUAAUUGUUGAAAGCACUUGAGUAUUAAUCUUAGGUUUUUUGGAGAUCUCAAUGUUUUCAGAGAUGUUAAAGGAUGCUUAUAUUUAUCAUUGUAAUGAAAAUAUAUGUACCAAUUUAAAAAUUCACCUAUUAAAAAAUCUUCUCUUAACGAUAGGGCCUCAUUUUUUAAAGUGCAAUAUCCCGUAACUAUUACAUUUAUGACAUGUAACAUAACGAUUUUUUUGUUUUUGGCACAGUAAGUGUUGAUGUACAGGGUGUUCUUAUACUUUCCGUAUUUUAGGGGCGCUGAACUAUGGGAUUUUAUGCGCGAUUGUAACUUCACUAUUACUGGAUCAGUUGGACAAUACAAAUUACAAAGACGUUUCCAUAAAUACAAAGCUGAAGCUCAAACUAAAUGUCAUACGACAUUUUGGUAGUGAGGAUUUAUGAUUUUAUACCUCAAGAUGGAUCUGAUGGUAGCUAGAGAAAUAAGUGUAUGAUUCGAUAUUGAUUGCAUUAUGCUUUGACAGAUAUAAUUAGAUUUAAGUUACCUGCAAUCCGACAAUCAGAAGCUGUGAGUGACGGGUUGCCAACCUUACACUUAAAUCUAGUUGGAUUUGUCGAAAUUUCCAUUUCGUUACGACAUAUAUUUCUUGCUUUAGCAGAAAAGUCACUUAAAUUAUUUUCAUACAAGUUUGUUUUCCUACAAUAGUUUCAGAAAUCCUCCGCAAGGUCGCUGUAGCAAAUACUAGUUUCGCUUUAUCAGUCAGAAAGUCAAGCAUUAAAGUCAAUUUUAUAUUAGAAAAGAUCUAUGGAAAAUGAUUCAUGUGGAAAUACUGAUGUAUUAAGAGGUGACACUAGUACAGUUUGUCAGUUCCAGCUUAUGCAUUGUAGUCUAAUCAUAUUAGACGAAAAUACCCCUGGUUUGCGAAAUAAUUGUCAAGUCUGGUUUUAUUGACGCAAGUUGUUCAAGGGGGUAUUCAAAACAUUGACUCAUAAAACGGGUACAGCAAUUUUUGUGGUCUCAUUCUGUAGGUCUCAUAAAUACCUGAAAAUAUUAUUUGAAGAGUUUUCUCGUUCCUGUCAACACUUUCUCAUUCGUUGUUGUCGAAAAAAAAAGUUUUUCUACAAAAAUUGGUGUACCCAUUUUAAGAGUCCAUGUUUUAAAUACCCGCUUGAACAUCAAUAAAACCAGACUUAACAAUUAUUUCGGGGAAAUUUGCUAAUAUGAUUAGACUAUUGAACGCACAGACGAAAGGGUGAGAACGUGGAUACCGAAAGAAUCGGUUACUUAUAACCGACUGGUUUUGCCAAACUGUCCUUGUCAUCAAUUUAGACUUACAUCUUGCCAUGCUCCAGAAGUAGAAUCAACAAAUAUAGACAGAAAUAGAAAAGUUGUAAUACCGCAUAUAAAAUACCUAGCUUUUCGCCACUCCUUAUGCCAUUACGUUUUUACCUUUUGUGUUCUACCUUCCAGGUAUUAAUUCAGCCUGUGGAUUUCCUAGUAACAUUCCGUUUCCGAGUACUUUUAUGUUAAGCACAACUUUCGUACGAAAUCUGAUACGUAGAUCUGGCGUUUGUAAGUGGUGGCUUACAUUAAUGACCAUGUGACUGACUUCAGUGUACAUGAGAUAUAAAGCCAUAGGACCAGCCGUAUAAUACAUGUUAAUUCACAGAGAUCUUUACAAAACGCCCCACUCAUCAGAAUAUAUAGUGCUUUUCAGAAAGGUCUUGAAUAAGGGCCGUAUCGUUAGUCGUUUCCACAAUAAAUUGUGGGAUCCCUUUAUGGCAUCCUUGAUUUCCAUAGUUUUCUACUGUUCCGUGUCAGCGCCCGAUUUUGAGGUUAUAUCACAAAUAUCUGUUUGCAUCAAAUUGUUCAUGAUUUUGAUCCGUAUCAUCUGUUUCGUCAGCCUGAAAGUUCCUACGAUUCAAAAAAAAAAACAUAACUUCACUAUAGAAGAGCGCUGACGCUGACACGGAACAGCAAAGAUGUAGAAAUACCUCAGCCUUUCUAAAGGAGAGAAAAGAUUAUAAAAAUCAAGGAAGCCAUAAAGGUGUCCUACAAUAUUGUAGGAAGCACUGACGAUACGGCCCUAAGUCAAGCGAAGAGAACUGAAAUUCUGGAUGACAUUGACGCAUAAGUACUGUAUUUUAAAAUAACAGUUUAACAUUCCAAGAUGGCGGCUUGGGGCCAAAAUGGGGGCGGGGGUGAUGCCUUAUUUUGAAGCUGCUUAUUUAUAACCCUAAAAUAUAAAAUCAAUGUCUUUCAAAAGCAAAGUUGAAUCGCUUAAAAUUCAAGAACUAAUCAACAAAAUGUUAUAGUAAGUUAUAUGAAUCUGAAUGUGCAAAAAAUAUAAGACAUCAUUAAAAAAAAUUACGGAUUCAAACAUUUUUUUAAUGAAAUAUUCAGUAUUUUAUUACACAUUCGGAUAGACCCUUCCAAGAAAAGGAGAUUGAUAUUGAUUGAUAAUUGGUUGUUGAGUAAUAAGCGAUGUAGAAUUACGCUCAACCUCGCCAGCCUACCAGAUCGCCAUUUUAAAACACAGUGAGUUUAUAUGCUAGGCUUAUGAAGUACUUAAGGACCUUCAAAAUGAGGUACCACAUGACCCCUCAUUUCAUUUAAAAAAUAUUCCAAAAUAGAGCCCAGAUGUCAACUUCAGUUCUGAUAAAUACGAGUAUCAGCUAUAUUUUUUUGGUACUAACAAACAGAAUGUUCAAGAUGCUAAAGAAAUUGUUGGCUACCUGUGGCUUUCUAACUCAUACGGUUUUUCAGUUAUUUUGCAAAAACGUUGUAGUAAAAUCAAUUGAUCGUUCCCCCAUUUGUUGUAGGUGCUUGUUAAUUGAAAUUUCAUAUAUGUUUAUUUUUAUAGUCGUUACUUUUCUCCCUUACUAUACACAUCUGCUAUGCUUUAUUAUAAGCUAUGAAUGUAUAAAAAUAUGUACUACAUACUAUUAAAAAGAAAUAAGUAGAACAUUUUAGGAAAUUUUUAAUUUAUUGUUUAUUUUAAU